AUGGGUGUCUCCAGGUGUGACCCUCCAAGGAUGUUCUUCCGCUUCGCUCUGCAGCGUGAGGUCAGGUCAGAGAGCGGUGAGGAGCAAGGUAGACACUUCAUCCGGAAAUGCCCCAGAUCUCAGAGAGGAGACCCAGACCCGGAGGACGCCCCUGCCCUAGUGCGGGUGUGGAUUCUCGGUGUCUCGAGUUUUUCAUCCAAAGAGCCCCGUAGCUGGUGA